AUGAGGGAGCUCAAAGUAGAAGAUGCACUUCUUUAUCUGGACCAAGUCAAGGUUGAAUUUGGGGAUCGGCCGCACAUCUAUAAUGAGUUCUUGGACAUUAUGAAGACAUUCAAGACUCAGCAAAUCGAUACACCUGGGGUUAUUAGACGAGUAUCGAAUUUGUUUCAGGGAAAUAGAAAGCUCGUUCUUGGUUUCAACACCUUUCUACCGGAGGGUUACAAAAUCGAACUCCCACUGGAUGGAGAUGGAACGCCAGUGGCGGUUUUCAGAGCUCCAGGAGAAACGGUGACACACAUUUUAUCUGGUCCAAGGGCAAGUACUUCUGUGACCACUACUACAGUUCCUGGUGUCGCUGCCGAUGGUCAGGCAGCUGCAGCAAAACCUGCAGCUGCUGUUUCAUCUGCUCGAGGACUUGGUGUGAAUCCUCUGGGAGCUGGUGGACAGGCUGCAUUGGGACAUUCAACCCAAGGACUGGCAGCUCAUCAACAAGUCGAACGUCCUGGCGUGGCAUCAGCUGCUGGUUAUCCUCCUCAAGGCAUGAUGCAUAUGCAGCAGAGAGGACAGCUGGGCCAACCACCUCAAAUGAUUUCAGCCGCAGAUGCUGCUGCAAGAGUGCGAUUGGAACAGCAAACCCGAGGUGCAGCAGGAUCUACAAUUGGAGCCCCGCGAGCACAUGCUGCAGCUCCUCAGAUCGCUCAGGCUGGACUGGGUGGCGUUGGGCAGCCACGAUCAAGUCCAGAUGCACAGGUACCAGCACGUCUUCCCGGCCAACACCCCUCGAUGAUGCAGCAAAAUCAAGCUCACAUGGGAAUGCACGCUGCAGGGCAAGCGGUCCAACAAAAUGCCCCUGUCGCACAGGCUCCAGCGGCGGCAAAUAAUCGAGAGGGUGGUCCGCCUUUGGAAUUCGACCAUGCAAUUAACUAUGUCACUACAAUCAAGAAAAGAUUCUCAAAUGAACCAGAGACUUAUAAAAAGUUUCUCGAAAUUCUGCACACCUACCAGAAGGAGCAGCGCGGAAUCAAGGAAGUGUUGGAAGAAGUUUCCGUUUUGUUUGCAGAACAUCCUGAUCUGCUGAAGGAGUUUACAUAUUUUUUGCCUGAUGCUGUUCAAGCUGAGGCAAAGGCUCAAUUGGAAAUCGUUGCUGCAGAAGCGGAGGCACGGAAAAGGGCUGCAGAAGCUAGGAAGCGAACUUCCAUUUCAAUGCGGCAAUCGCCCUCCUCCCAAGUACAUUCUCCAACUCAAUCUGUGGGAAUAGCACAGCCGCUUCCACCCGCCACCCCACGUUCAGCUAUUCCAUUUGGUGCGACACAAGCGCGAAGUGCCGAGCGUGAAAGAGAAAUCUAUAGAAGCGCAGUGUAUGGAACGGUGUCUUUCGCCCCAGCGAGACCACCUCGUAAAACUUCUCUAUCCGUCAAGCAGACAGCAGCAAAGAUGGGAAGGCCAACCAUGUUGCCUACCCUACCCAUUCAACCAACAGUGUCCGAAACCGUUUUCUUUCAAAGAGCAAAACGUCACUUGAAUCGUCGAGAGCUCGCUCCAGAUAAGCCAUCGGGAACAAGGCGUCAUACACCUUAUACGGAGUUCUUGAAAUGUCUUCAUUUGUUCGCUACUGGUGUUCUGAACAAAGACGAGCUUUUGCUGCUAUUACGCGGGCUUUUCGUUCAGGGGCACGCUCCGAAGAGUGGUGCUCACGCCGGCGGCGGUGCGCAGAAUCCAGAUGUUGCAUCCGAAGCGCAUAAUCUUCUACGGGAAUUUGAACAGAUUCUGAUUGGGAGAGGACCUUAUGCAAAACAAGAAAUUCUGGCCAAGCACAAGGCCAAAUACGGCAUGAAGAGAGCAAGAGAUUACGAUCUUCGCGAUGCUGAAUUUCCAACGACAUCCUAUGCCACAUAUCCUAGUGACUAUCCAGCUGAACUCUUCAUUCAGCACACUGGUCAGACUGACCAGGAUCGUGAGGUCCUAAAUGACACCGUCUUUUGUCCAUACAGGUCUGUUGAUGCGGACUUGGACGACAACGGCUCUAAGAAAGAUUCAAAAGCUCUGGAAUCCCCGGAGAACUUUGAUAUUUCUAGGGUGCGAAAGAAUGCGUAUGAAGAAGCGAUGUUCAGAAUAGAAGAUGAAAGGUUUGAGGUGGAUAUGGCCAUUGAACGAAAUGCACUUGCAAUGCGUCAAAUUGAACCAAUCGCGGAAGAGGCGACACGAUUGAGAGAGAAUGAAGAGAAGGAUGGACAACCCAUAGGGCGUCUGCAGUACAGGUUGAACGCGAGGACUCUCAACUCGAUUCAAAUCAAUGCGAUUGGCAGGAUAUAUGGGGAUAACGGUGACGAAGUCAUCGAACAUCUGAAUCGAAAUCCACUCGCAGUUCUUCCCAUUGUCUACCAACGCCUUCGACAGAAAGACUCCGAGUGGAGAAAGCAAAAGAGCGAAUUGCUUACGAAGUGGAAAGCUGGCUGCGAAGCAAAUUACGAAGGAAGCUUGGAUUUUCAGUGUCACUUUAAGAGGCGUGAUCUUGAGCGCACCUUGAUUGGCGAUGAAGUGAUCGAUCAAUGUAUGGACGCACGAUCUUACUGUUCGAGUCGUGAAAAGCGUUCAGGCCUCAAUGCUGUCUUUGGCUUGAGCUCGCCUGAUCGGUCAGCUAUUUUGUAUGAGCCUUAUGUCAUGUUGGAUGUGAAACAAGAUUCUACAGCCCACAGAACCGCAGUCCGACUGGUGACGCAGCGCUCCGUCAUGGCCUUUGACUCGACCAACAAUCAUAGCAAAAGAGAGCGUGAGAGAAUUGGUAGAGUGUGGAUGGAAUUCAUGGUUCCUUUCUUCAACUACCCUAUCCAUUGGGUCCAAGAUGAAGCCCGUGAAAGUUUUCUAGGGACGAUGCUCGUUGUGGCUCAAUAUGCUGUUGGUCAACCCGUGAGGACCGUGUACGGCGAUGGUACGAUUCUCUCGUUUAUCGAAGAGGAGAAAGAUCUCGGACCAAGAUAUCGUGUUAAGUUUCCAUUCGGCAUUGGAUUCGUUAGUCCAUCUUCGAUAGCAUACGGCUUACCACCAAAUGCAAGUGAAAGCUAUUACUAUGUCCGAGAUGACAACGUGCCACUGGAGAUGGAGAAAGUUAAGAUUGAGGAGAAAACAUUGUCGCCAAUUCAGCUUGAAGACAAGUUCAAGCUGCUAUUCGGGACUGAAUCGAUUUACCUGUUCUUGCGUCUCUACAUUGGUCUUGUGUCUCUUUUGGAUGAGAUUGAAUCCUACUUGCGUGCCAAUCCAGCCACUGGUGACGCAAGAAAGUCCUACUACAAUCCAAUGAGAAGUGCUGACGAGAAGAAAGCAACCAAGUUGGAUUUUUCCACAAUGAUUUUGAACUUGCAAAGUGUCGUUGCGAAGAAGCAAAGCUUGAAAGAUUUUGAGUCAUAUUGCCGCCGUCUAUCACCACAAAUCGUACACAAAAUGGCAGCGUUACCGAAAAUUGUUGAACAAUGUGCAUAUUAUAUGCGACUAGUCGCUACUGAGGACAAGUUGCUUCACCUCAAUGAUCUAUGCCAGCAUCCUCAUCGGAACCCGGUUGAAAUAAGAGCUAAGUGUCUCGAUCUCGCUGCAAAAGCUAAGUUCCGCAUACAGCUAAAUACUUCCAGCGGUCGUUUGUAUUUUUCGUAUCUCCCUGAAAAUGAGGAGCUAUCCACGGUGCUGGUUGGCGACGAUGAUGAUGACGACGACGACGAUGAAAUCAUGGAUGAUGCUGACGACGACAUGGACGACGAUGACAUGGAUGACGAAGAUGACCUGUUGGAUGUGGAAGAUGAAGAAGAGGAUCUUCGUCAAAUAAAGCGUUUGAAGACUUAA